AUGUAUUGCCUACAAUGCCUGCUGCCCGUACUGCUGAUACCGAAGCCCACAAACCCGGCGCUAAUGGAGACGCAUUUGAUGUUUAUAGUUCUAUACCUCGUCGGAUUCUUCUUGGAGCGCAAGCCCUGCACUAUCUGCAGCCUAGUCUUCCUCACGGCAGUAUCACUGAUCUGCUACAGUGGAGUCGGAAACUGUAUCUUCUGGGGCAACUGUGAGGGUCACCAGUGCGAGAAUGGUUAAGGGGAUCCUCCUGCCAUCCUUAUCUUGAUCCAAGCCCUGUAGUCGUAGUCAUAGGGAGAGGACAGGGGACAUGUGCUAAUUAUCGUAAAUACCAUAAUAUUGAGUUACGUUAGCGUUGUUACAGCUUUACAUCCUAGAAACAAAACAAAAAUAUAUUUUAAUCGAGAAGGAUAAUCGGGAAUAGAGAAUGAAAAGGGAUAAGGAAACUUGACUAAAUCGAAAAUCAGUGAUACAAGUGAUGAGUGAGUCCGACCAGGAAAAAAGUGUGUGUAGAAAUCCGUAUUUUGUUUCCAUAACCAUCCCAUAACUCCUUUGGUUAUGAAUUCAGAGUGUGUGUUUUGUUUUAAAGCUUAGACGAAUUUAGUUUUUACGAAACGCUACGAAAAUGUAUUGUAUAUCGCCCCACCCAAGCCCUAUAAAAGAAAAUCAACAGCCCUAUUUAACCCACUCGUCAAUGCAACUAACGUUUAGUCAUAUAUGUUAAUUUACCUAAUUAUACAAUUAUAUUAUAAUUAUGAUUGUAAAGAGGGGGUACUCCUGACAUCGGUUGUUUCCCAGUCUUGUGCACAUGCAAAAAAUGUAAAUAUAACUUACACUGAUCAAAAUAUAAAUAAUAUACCUAAACUGUAAACGAGAGACAAGCAAAAGGAUAAUGUAAAAACGAUAAAUGCGAAAAAAAAAACCAUUUACAAUAAAUAUUGUUCGAUUUUUGCGAAUUUGUAUGAUUUGAGCCGAAAAAAAAAACGAAAGAAUGUCUAAAGGCACAAAAAUAAACUUUAAACAAUGCUAUAAAUCCUUUUCAUUUUCGAUAAGGGGCUUAAAGGAUUACCUUAAAUUUUUACCAAGUAAAGCAUAAAAGUCCGAGAAAUAAGACAUGACCAUUGAUUUCCAAUUUUCCACAAUUUUAUUCGUUUCAAAAUAUGUGUGAUAUGUAGUAUAUGUAUAUAUUCAUAUAAAAUGUACAUUUUGAUGUUGCUGUCGUUUGUUUUGGAAUUUGAUUAUAUCAAGAUCAGAUCAGCUUCAGCUUCGAACUUAAUUUACUAA